AUGCCGGGCACGUGGCUGUCGCCCCCGUCGAUGGAGCUGAGGGAAGCUGCCAGUCGACCAGUAUACGUCCCAGUUCCCAUCUAUCAGCCAUACAUUUUCCACCAACAACCAGCUGUUCAGUCUAACCAGUACCCACAGUAUACUCAGUACUCCCAGUUCAACCAGGUUCCCCAGUCUUACGUCUUCGGUUAUAAUCAGUACCAGACUAACAACAGAGCUAAGCGAAGCGCUGACUAUGGAAAAAUGGAAGAAGUGAUGACUUCAAUGCAGGCCAAGAUUAGCAACAUCACCUGCAUUCUAAAAGAACUGAAAUAUAUUGACGAGAACAACAACAUCGACAUCAGCGAAACCACAAAGGGCAUCAUGAACAUGGAAGUGAGCGAUGAACUCAAGGACGACCUCAUGGAAAGCGCCACCAUGUGCAGGGACUUCGCCAUGUGUCUGCCUGCCGAGAAGGCCAAGAGCCCACUGAAGAGGGAACUCGGUGUCCCUCUCGGAUUCUUCAAGUGUUUGGUCAUGAAGAAUUUGCAAGCCUGCAUGAAGAACGACCUCCGGGAGAAGGCGAGGCAGAUGGGUGAAGAAAUGCCAAUGAUGGACGACGAAGCUAUGAUGAUGGCAGAAGGCAGCCCCAGUGACCUCUUCCAUUCUCUUGUGUUCUCCGGCAAGUACUAAAAGAAAUCCAGAAGAAAAUUCUAUGAAAAGAUUCGACAAUGAUUCUGGGUCAAAGGACGGUUCAUUUUGUUUUUAAAACGCUUGACUGAGGACUAAAUAGUUUUGUAAGGUUUCGGGAAAAAUUAAAUAGAUUUAUUAGUAGUUAAAACCAAUAGUAAAAGAGAACAGCGCUGUAGUGUUCUACGUUGGGUUCUCUAUUUGAUAUAUUUUUUUGAAAGAGUGUUGGAUGUAUGAAGAAUUCGGGAACUGCAAAUAACUGAAAAAAAAAAAAAUCAAGUAAAGGAAUUAUAACUAAAAAAUAAUAAAGUAAAGGAAUUAUAACAAGAAAAUUUGAUAAAUUGAUGACGGAAAUUGUAAUCUGACUUUGGACGGGUUUUGGGAGCGAGGGAUAUUUGUAAUAACUGAUUCAUUUAAUCAGCUGUUUACCUCCAGUUUUUGGGGAAUAACAUAGUUCAAAAAACAAGAGAAUAGCAAAACAACGGUUUGUUUUUUUCAAUACGUAGCCGUCUUGUUUUGUUUUUCUUUGCCAUUAAAAAUUCU